CUUGGGUUCUAUUCUAGUCAGGCUAUUGCUAAUCUGUUGGGGAUGCCCUUGAUCUGGAUGAUAUACUCAGUCGAUUCGUCUCGAGCGCAACGAAUUGACGUCGAAAAAAAAGGAGCGCCGUGCUCCCCAGCCAAUCUCGGUUACUAUGUCUUACCAACGCGGUCAAAGUCAUCUACCGGCUAGCGGUACUUUGAGCGACGACAUUAUACCUCAGUUGCGAAGAAACGUCAAUUGUCGUAGACGCAUAUCUUUGCCAGCAAGAGCGUCUUUCCGAAGCUCUAACACACUCUCCCUAAUUCUCUGUACAGCCUCAAAUGGACUGUCUUCCCAGUCGCCGCUGUAAUGCCGCACAAAGAUUGUUUUGUUGCCGAACCCCAAUACCUGUAACGGGCGCUAUUUGAAUCUCCUGUAUCAAACUUGUGAUUGAUCUCUGUUACGCUUGGGGGAACGCAGCAAAUAAAAUGUGGAAUCGAGAGCAUUUAAGUAGACAUCGUGUCCGGUAACAAGUCUACCACUGUACCUCAUCACCAGUUUCUCCUUACACUAUGUCAAGCGAGGUUAGGCUGAAUGGACAAGUUUCGGAUGCAAUUGGGUUCAUUGGACUAGGGAACAUGGGGUGGUGGAUGGCCAUGAACCUGCGCAAGAAACUGCCAAAGUCGACAAAAUUGUUCAUCUAUGACGUCGUUCCAUCGGUCCUCGAUAAAUUUUCAGAGAACGCAAAAUUACAUGACCUCGGCGAAGUCGUGAUAUGCCAAAGCUCUCGCGAAGUUGCUGUCAAUUCUGAUAUCACGUUCGUCAUCGUCCCAGAAGGCAAACAUGUACGUCAAGUAUUUUUGGAUGAGAGGAGCGGUAUACUCUCUGGUCCGAUUGGCAACAAAACCUUUGUCGACUGUUCGACAAUCGACCCAACCACCUCGCGUGCAGUUGCAGAAGCGAUUUCAAAGAGUUCGCCCUCAGCGCAUUUCUACGACGCACCUGUCUCAGGAGGUAUACUCGGUGCCGAAGCAGGCGUACUCAGUUUCCUCAUCGGAGCAAGCGAAGACGAUGCGUAUUUCCGCCAAGCAGUCAAAGUCCUGCUAGAGAUGAUGGGGAAGAAUUUGAUUUAUAUCGGCUCACAGAGCCAGGGACUCGUCGCUAAGCUGUGCAACAACUACUUGAGCGCAAUCACCAAUCUCGCUACGGCCGAGACGAUGAAUAUCGGUAUGCGACAUGGUAUCGACCCGAAAUUACUUGCGGAUGUUAUUAAGAAGAGUACUGGAAGUAAUUGGUCGAACAAUAACUGGAACCCCGCUCCUGGAGUCUGCCCGGAGGCAGCACCAUCCAAAGGCUUCAAACCAGGCUUUAAAGUCCAGCUCAUGGUGAAAGACCUCAAUCUACUUCUGGAUAGCGCGAAAGAAGUGGACGCCAAGCUCGCUUUGGGCAACGAAACAGUCGCGGCAUACAAAGCGACUUCAGAGGACCCACAAUGCAAGGAUAUGGAUGCUAGUGUUGUUUAUCGUUGGCUUGGAGGGAAAGAAUGAAGUAUUAUGUGCGGAAAAGCUGUAUAAGUAGUUGUCGCAGUGGUGCAGCACUACGGUUUGCAAUCUCGGCAUUAGACUCAUUUUACUCAUCACAAUCUAGUUCUUGUUACAUUUCUUGAUGAGGAAUGCGAACAAACAAAACAAAAACAUUAUCUGAAUUUUCUCCUCCUCUUUAUCGUCCAAGCACCUUUCUCAUGCGUGUUCUUUCUUCCACUCCUGGAUCGCGGCAUCUGCGACUCUGAACGCGACCAUCCCGGCCGGUGCACCACAAUACACCAUCACUUGAAGGCAAACCUCCUUGAGUUCUUCCUCAGUAAGACCAUUGUUGAGGCCACCUUUGAUAUGAGCGGCUAACUCAGUCUGCUGACUACGAGCGCAAAGAAUCGAGAUUGAAACAAGUGAACGCUGCUUAAACUCCAGCCCUGGGCGAGCCCAUAUUGUUCCCCAGCCAAUCUCGGUCGCUAGUUCCUGACCAGCGCGGGCGAAAUCAGUUAUUCCUUUCGUCAUCGAUCUUUCAACAUGAGCGUCCCCCAGCACCUUCCUUCGCAGUUUCUCGCCUUCAUCGUAUAAGAAC